CGGUACGGGGUUGCCCCCCCAGAUCGGGGAGUCCUCUGUGCUGCUGCAGCCCUGCACGGUCCAGUGCCAGCGCCUGUCACCUCGGUUGCCUCACUGGGUGGUUAAUAGCCCGCUUGCCCCUUCCUCACACUUGCUGCCUUCAGUGAUCUCAGAGACUGUGACUGGAAAUGUAACCUCUCAGAAAGAAAUAGCAGAACCGCCCGUACCGAGAGCUUUCUGAGGGACCACUCGGAGGUGAAGGGAUCGAGAUGAUCGUGACCUGAGCUGCGUGGUUCAGUUGCUUGGUGGUCUGUCAGCAUAAAAUCCGAAGGAUGGAGAAGCAGAGUAGUGGGCUUGACCUGGCAUUUGCUGCUAUUAAUGAUCUGGUGGAGUUCAGCAGACAGUGAUGUGGUUUUAUGUAUUUUCUUCCUUUUGUAUGUGAUGGCUGUUCAGGCAUCUUUUGCCUUCAGCACAGGAGCCGGGAUGCUCAUGGGUGUUCUGAGGUGAAUAUAAGAAACAAUUCUGUGAAACCUGAUCAGCACAGAUCUUACCCUUGCUCAUACAAAGACUGCAAUGCAAAGGAGCUUUUGCCAGUGUUAUGUCCUUAUUGUGAAAAACAUUUUUGUCUCAGACAUCGUCAUCAAUCAGACCAUGAAUGUGAGAAGCUGGACACACCAAAACCUCGAAUGGCUGCCACCCAGCAGCUUGUUCAACAGAUUAUAGAUUCUAAAAAGAGUGACGAAGUGAAAAGCAAAAAACGUAAAGGAGCAAAAAACAGUGAGACAGCAGCAAAAGUGGCAUUAAUGAAACUGAAAAUGCACGCAUGUGGGGACAAGUCCUUGCCUCAGACAGAAAGAAUUUACUUUCAAGUAUUUUUACCAAAAGGGAACAAAGAGAAAAGCAAACCCAUGUUCUUUUGCAGUAAGUGGAGUAUUGGCAAAGUAGUAGAUUUUGCAGCUUCCUUAGCAAGCCUUAAAAAUGACAACAACAAAUCAACAUCCCAGAAACUGAGAUUAUGCCAUACUGCCUCUGGAGAAGCCUUGCCAUUUGAGCACACAUUGGAAACAUGGCUAUCUGAUAAAGAGUAUCCACUGUACAAUGGAGGGAAUAUAAUUCUGGAGUAUCUUGAUAAUGAUGUUCUAUUUAUAGAAGAUACAGAAUCCUACUUUAGUUAGUCAAUAAAUUUUCACAAACAAAAAAAUCCAGUAUUUUUUAGAAGCAUUAAAGCAAGUCCAGUUUUCUUUUUAAAUCACUGGUAUGCCAGAAUGUCUUCCAUUGUAAAGACACAACUCCCAUCAAUUUCUCAGCAGCUUGACUCACAGAAGAACUAUGUCCUGAAAGGAAAAUUAUAAUAAGGAGUAUUACAGAUAUUCACAUUCUAGAAUAAAUUCUUGCUCUAUUGAGCUGUAUAAUAUCAAUAAUUUUUUCUUAAAUUUGGUAUUUAUUUUUGUGUAAGUGGUGGGGACAGUAUGUCUUAAUAAAUAAUGAAAAUGUAAACUUGCAGUUUUCUGAAGGAAAGAAACAUACUAUGCUAACACAGCAUCUUUUCUACAUCUUCACAAACAGAUUUGAUUGCAUUUGGAAACUGGCACUGUCUGUACAUUAGGUUCACAUUUUCUUCUUGUAAUAGUUUAAUGAUAUUUAGGAGGAAAGGUGUCUUCCCGAUUUUAAAUCUUGUAUGAUUAGGUGGGGGAUAAAAGAUCUCAGUAAGCUUGUCACUUAUUUUGCUUUAAGAUUCUUUACUGUAGUUUUGACAUGACUUAGGUAUGAAUAAAUUGCUUUACUGGAUGGGUGGGGAUGUCGUGCAAAGGAAGAUGUUUUUGAUUUUCAUAAAGGAAAGGGCUGAAUAUUUUGGAAAUCUUUGUCUCCUGUCAGUGGAAAGUACAGGAGCAUUUUUCUGCUUUCCCCUGCCUGUCUCUCCAGCUGUUAUUUUGCUUUCCAGUACAAGAGGGACAGUUCCCUUUUUCCUUGUUACUUAUUUUCCUCCCUUUCAUCUGCAAUUGCCUAUUCAUCUUUCUUUUUAUCUUAGGCUGCUGUGGUACAGAAUAUGCAGUAGGAGCCCAACCAGCAUUGUGGAACCAGUAUGCUGGGAAGAGCCCUAAGCAGAACUUUUUUCCCACCCUGUUGCUACAAAAGCAAGUGGAAAAUACUCUUGUGCAACAGGAUCAUUUCCCCAUUUUUUUUAGCAGAAAAUCUUCUGCUAAAUCUUCAAGAGUUUUCUACUUAGACCCUUUCUCCUGCCCCUGAUUUUUCUGUCUUAGCAUUUGCAGGCAAAAUAAUUGAAAUAACACUUUUUUGUGGAUAAAGAUAAGAUAGACUUGGGAUGCAGGAAGUAAAUCUUUGGGGAGGCCUCAAAGGUUUUACCAGCAUGGUUGCUUUCAUCAAUUGCCAGUAAUUGCUAAGAUCUAUCAGCCUGUAAAUGACAGUACAAACAUGGCAAGUUGAUAAGACUCCAAAAAGUUUUCACUAUCAUCUUAUUCCAGGAAUGUGUCUAGGAUUGUACACAGAAGCUCAUUCCAGGUAGUUUUCAGAAAUUGAGAAGCAAAACCAAAUUAGUCUGACAGAUAAAUAAUUGAGAAGAGAUAAAAACUUGAAAACUCCACCCUAGUCAAUGGUACUAGGAACAAAAGCAGAAACUUUUCCAGACCUCCAAGAUCUUGCAUAGGUUAGAACUGCUCUCAUUUUACCUUUAGAUUCCAACGUAUCUUUACUCAGCAUUUUGUUCUGGUUUUUUUUUUUUUUAACUCAUUAUCUUAGCACAUUUUCAUACAGAAAGUUCAACAACUACAUUUGAAAAACCCAAAAUAAUUCGGAGGAGUCAGUUCUCAUUUGAAACCACUGUGUUAAUUUUACAGGCCUGUGCUUAGAAGGUCCUGAAUUGUUUCACUUCUAAGUUAAAAAACAAAACUUUAACUUCUAGUAGAUGCAAAAAAAAUGUAUGUAAAGUUAUGCAAGCAAGAAAAGGAAUUUAUCAAAAUAAAUACUUUCUGAUUUUACAACAAA